UGCCCAUCUCAUCUUUGUGCGCGGAGGCAGACGUCAUCAGAAAGGUAGACGGGCACUAUGUACAUGUCCCUAGGUUUGCUAGAAGGCGCUGUACUGUCUCAGUAACCUGGUUUUGCUAUCAAAGGAGGAGGGGACAGGUAGGUGGUGACGAGCUGAUUGGGCUGGUUGACCCUUCGGCGCGAGAAUUCUCAGACCAAGAACCCUAAGUGCAACGAGGGAGAACGCGAGGAACCGGCUGGGAAGGACAGCAACGAGAGCGUGUACGAAGCGAAGCGGGUCGAGCUUGGUCGUGCUAGGAAUGGCCACAGCGGCACCGGAGCAGCGGAACCGGAGCAGCGGAACCGGAGCAGCGGAACCGGAGCAUGCGGAUGGCAUUGAACCGUGGCGCACGGACAAACAUCUCUUGUGUUGUCAACUACUUUUCCGUUUUUUCCUGAAUAUACCGUAGGUGUUUGGAUGUGUGUGAUGACGUCACUGGUUUUCUAUAGAGACGCGGCAGAGAUGGCGCGGAUAACCUGGGUGCCUUAAUUGUGUACCUGCAUCGUUGAAGACCCCUUCAAUGUGGAACGAUUCCUGGUCAGUGUCGAUGUUUACACUGCUGUGCCUAACAUAGAUGAUCUGGAUAGAUUCGGGUGAUCGUCAAUUGCAAUGAUUGAUGGCUUUGGUAGGGUGUUCUUCAUUGUAUGUCCACGAACUCAUUCUGACAGCACUUCAGACAGCAGCUGCAUGCCCCGAGCUUGUGUACCAUGCGCCAUGGCNUGUUUACACUGCUGUGCCUAACAUAGAUGAUCUGGAUAGAUUCGGGUGAUCGUCAAUUGCAAUGAUUGAUGGCUUUGGUAGGGUGUUCUUCAUUGUAUGUCCACGAACUCAUUCUGACAGCACUUCAGACAGCAGCUGCAUGCCCCGAGCUUGUGUACCAUGCGCCAUGGCGUUAUUAUUGUACAGACAGCACUUCAGACAGCAGUACGCUGUAGUCGACAAACAUUCAUUUUGGUUAAAUGCGGGACAAGGGGGGUGAUGCUGCUGCUGUAGUCGAUUUGUAGUGUGUGGGCGUGUAGUUCAGUUGUGAGCACGCAAACGUGCUGCAGGGAUUGUAGGUGUACCUCCUCGGGCUUGUGUACCCUUUUCUUCCUAAUAGUGUGUGUGUUCUUUAGAUCUUCUGAUGGCUCUGGCAUUUUUGUAACCACGGACCGAGUCUUUGCUAGAUUUUGGGAUGAGCAACUGACACGAGUUUAACGUGAAGAAAAACAACA